AUGGCCCCAAAGAUCUCCGAUGAGGCUACCUGUCGAGCUAUUUACAAUUUUCUGACCGAUGGAUCGUUCCCCGAGGAAGAAAGCAUUGUUUCCGCGGAAUUUGACUCUACCGCAGCUGCUAAGGAGCUCCAACAGAUAUGCAGAGCAAGAGAGGAGGUUGAGAACGAAAUCGCCUCUCUUAGCCGAGAAACAGCGUCAAACGUGGAUGGAUGGAUAUCCCAGGCGAAACAGCUCCAUGAGGACAUUGAGCGGUCAAGGUCGGCGGCGAGGGAGAUUGUUCGACAACAUGAAAUUGGGCAGCAGCUUCAAAGUCAGGUUAUGGAUGCUUCUAAGAAGGUUGAGCUGCUGGAGAACGAGAUCACUUUCAACGAGAUCCUGGCGAGAAACCUGGAGGACGUCCGAACUAUCGACUAUCGCAUAUCUUCUGUACAGAUGGCGAUUGAGCAGGAUGAUUUGGAAACUGCGACUGGACUUUUUGAAGAGAUUGAGAUGCUAAUGAAGACUACGGGUCUGCCCCCGACUACUCCUGUCCUCCGUGUACUGUCUGGAAAUGUGACAGGUUUGCGCACUGCCCUUGUGUCUACCGCACAGCAAAAAUGGAAUUCGUUGGUUAAGAUUGACUCCAAAUUGGGCCAAAUGACCGUCGUUACUGGCAAUUCUGCAGAAUCCCCUUGCAGCCUAGGCAAGGUUCUCACCACCCUUACAAAGUUGGACAUGCUAGACUUCAUUGUGGAUUCAUUGUAUCGCGAUAUUUAUUCUUAUAUCUUAGAUCCAGCUCUCUUACCACCUGGAGCAGCAAAAGCCUUGACCAUCUCGCGUGAUGGAGCUACGAUCACAGAUCUCUUGAAUGCGAAGCUAGCCCCACCGAUGAUUUCAUCCCUCGUUUCGAAGAAGUUGUUACCUUCCAUUCCCGCAAGCGUUGACGGGAUGGGAGAAUUUCAGGUGAUAUUGGACCAUACCCUUAAAUUCCAACAAGCUUUAGAUGGACUUGGCUGCUCCGGGUCCACUGAAUUAGCGUCGUUCACGCAACAAAUACCUCGAAUAUGGCUCAAUCAACGACGAAUCAAAUCUCUGGAUGAAGUCAGGGUUGCAUUAUGUGCCAGCCCGGGUGAGACGCGUAAGGUGGAAAGGGUAGAAACAGAACAGGUGUCUCAAAAGGACAAAGUAUUUGCUCAAAAUUCUGACGAUUGGAAUGCUGGAUGGGCCAGUGACAAUGAAGAAAGCAACGACGCCAACACUCAAAAGGAACCUGUCAGCCAGGAGGAGGAUGAUUUUAGCGCUUGGGGCCUUGACGAGCCUGAUACGCAAGAACCAGAGGAGCAAAAUAAGCCGGCCAUAGAAGGAGAUGGAGACGAAGACGCUUGGGGCUGGGGUGACGAAGACGAGAGUGCGGGCCUUCCUCCGGAAGCAUCUGGUUCUGGGAAUCAAGCUUCAGCUCAUAUGAAUGGAGGCCAUGGAGACGGAAAAGAUUCCCCUCUUCGAGAAGUUACAUUAAGCGAGUUCUACACUAUCACGGACAUACCGGAUUCCAUCAUGAGGAUAAUUUUGAACCAAAUCUCAGAUUCCGAGAAGCUGGCAUCAGCCGAAUAUUCAAAUAUUCCUAUCGCUUCGUCCGGCCCAGCUCUGCUCUCAUUCCCCACUUUAGUCAUUGCGAUGUUCAAGGCCUUGGCACCCAUGUUUUACUCUCAAAGGUUCAGUGGCGGCCAAAUGUUCUUGUACAAUGACAGCAUGUAUUUUGCCGAACAGCUGCGGUUGUUGAUGGAGACACAUAAUCUCUCCAGAUUACAACCCGAUGUUGAAACUCUCGAACGAUUUGGGAAGAUUGCCUACAGCAAGGAAAUGCAUUCGCAACGCACAGUAUUGUCCGAUCUGCUGGAUGGGAGCCAAGGAUUUGACAGCUGCGCAGUGCAGCCAUACCUAGGGGAAUGUGAAAACGCAGUCAGCGCAACAGUUGAUCGAAUGCGACAUGUUCAUAAAGAAUGGCAGUCUAUCCUGUCACCGUCCGCACUUCUCCAAUCCGUCGGUUCAUUGCUCUCAACCGUCAUUAACAAAAUGAUUCUCGAUAUCGAGGACUUGAGCGAUAUUUCAGAUGCUGAAUCACAACGACUUACUGAAUUUUGCAACCAGAUUUCUAAACUCGAGGAUCUGUUUCUUCCGGAAUCUAAACCUGGUCAAGAUAUGGCGAGUGGACAAGCGGAGGUUGUUCCCAUGACAGCGUUAUAUGUCCGGAACUGGCUAAAAUUCCAGUAUCUGAUAAAUAUCCUGGAAAGCUCAUUAGCGGACAUCAAAUACCUAUGGAAGGAAGGUGAAUUGAAACUCGAGUUUUCAUCGGAGGAGGUAACCGACCUGAUUAGGGCGCUUUUUGCGGAUUCAGACCAUCGGAGAAGAGCAAUUGCUGAAAUUCGCAAGGCUUAA